AUGGCUGCGGAUGAGGAGCAAUUGGAUGAAAGGACACAUCUCCUCCCUCAUGACAGGAGGUUGAACUCCCUGGCUGGAGAAGCAGACGCUGCUUCAAUUGUUUCUUCCCACAUCAGCAAAGAAGAGCAGGCGCUGGGCGACACCGCCGUGGGUGAACGGCUGCCCUACAAUGACUAUACGACGAUUGACUGGCUCCAUGAUUUGGUCAAAGACUCGUACAGAUACCGCGCCGUACACAGCGGCAAAGGUAUCCGAAAUGGACUCAUGGCGCUUUUCGACUCCUGUGAGGGCUGGAUUGCAGCGGCAAUUAUUGGCACUCUAACGGCAUGCGUGGCUUUCCUCGUGGACAUUGCCGUUGCCACCGUCAGCGACUGGAAGACAGGAUAUUGCCGGAGCAAUCCGUUCGCCAGUAAAGAGCUCUGCUGUACGUCCAAAUCCCCAUUGACGCCUCUCGCCGAUACGGGUACAACCUGCUCCGACUGGAAGUACUGGACGGAGAAUUACUGGCAUGGGUUUGGAAUCUACCUGGGAUUCGCCUUGCUCUUCGGAAUUAUCAGUGGAACAGUCACCUUGACAACCAGAAGAGCCCUUCCGGCAACUGCUCCAGGCGUUGGAGACAGUGGACCAAUGCAGAAAAACAGCGAUCAAGCGAAGCGCGAAACCUUGAAGCCUACAGCAGCUGGCAAGUCAAUCUACAUGGCCGCCGGGAGUGGCAUUCCCGAGAUCAAGACCAUUCUAUCCGGCUUUGUCAUUCCACAUUUUCUUGACCUCAACGUUCUGGUGGUAAAGGCCGUUGGGUCUGUUUUCGCCGUGUCGACAGGCAUGUGUUUGGGCAAGGAAGGCCCUUUCGUCCACAUUUCCACCUGUGUCGCAUACCUGGUGGGAGUCCGAUUUCGCAAGUAUCGAGAGAAUGGUCGGAAGCUGCGAGAGCUUCUUGCUGCUGGUUGCUCGAGUGGCCUUUCGGUCGCGUUCGGCGCCCCUAUUGGUGGCGUCCUGUUUGCUUACGAAGAAAUCUCAACAUACUUUCCGCGGAAAGUGCUUUGGCGCGCAUUUAUAUGCUCUCUCUUCGCCGGCAUGACACUCAAAGCUCUCAAUCCGACGGGAACCGGUAAGCUUGUGCUCUUUGAGACCAACUACGGCACUACGUAUCGACCCUAUCAUUACAUUGUAUUCGUGGUCUUGGGUGCUGCGGGGGGAGUCUUUGGAGGCAUCUUUUGCAAGGCCAAUUUCUUCUGGUCUCGCAGGUUUCGGAAAUACAGCAUCAUCAAGAACUAUCCGGUUUUCGAGGUGUUUUUGGUUGUUCUCGCCACGGCGCUUUUGCAAUAUCCCAACCCUCUGGCUCGAGAACCCGGCGACGUCAUCAUCAAGAAUCUUCUGGUCGACUGCAACGAAAGCUCACGGACAUCUUACGUCUGCGUGCAGGAAGGGUCCGAUUUACCCUCGCCAAAGUAUUUGGGCUGGCUCGCGUACGGAACGCUUGUUAAGCUGGUCCUGACGACUAUAACAUUUGGUAUCAAGGUCCCUUCGGGAAUCAUCAUCCCCGCUCUUGACGGCGGAGCCUUUUUCGGCAGGCUUAUCGGCCAACUGCCUUUCUUGCGGCACUCUAUCUCCCCUGGCAUCUUCGCCAUGGUAGGUGCCGGUUCCUUUCUGGCUGGAGUCAGUCGAAUGACUAUUUCGCUGGCGGUCAUCAUGUUCGAGUUGACAGGCGAGCUAGAGUUCAUCGUGCCAAACAUGAUCGGUAUCAUGGUUGCCAAAUGGGUGGCAGAUGCUCUUGAGCACGAGGGCGUGUAUGAUCUUGCACAGACCGUCCUAGGGCAUCCCUUCCUUGACCUGGAUAGCAGCAUGAAGCUAGUUCAGCAGGAUGCCCAUCUUGUUGAGGAGCUAAUUCCUCCUCCCCAGACUAUGCGCGAGAUCACGGUGGACGUUCCUGACAACGGCAUUGUCCCCCGUGUUUUACUGACGGAGAAGCUGCAGCUGCUGCGCCGCCGGGGUCUUAUGGACGCUGGGCUUGUCCUUGUCCAAAAAGCGAUGCUACAGGGCUACCUCGCACAAGGAGAACUCGAGUUCGGGUUAGAGACUCUGGGCCAGACGUUCCCGGCAGGCUGCGUUGUUCGUCUUCUGCCUGCUGUGGCUAGUGCAGAAGUACAAGUGGAGCACGAAGGGGAGCUUGACCUGUCGCAGUUUAUAGACCGGACACCAUUGACGAUCUGUGCCAAAGCACCGAUGGAAUUUGUGGUGGAGAUGUUCAGCAAGCUAGGCGUCAGGCAUUUGUGCGUCACCGAAGAGGGGAGCGGACGGCUUGUGGGAGUGAUCAUCAAGAAGAGGUUGGUGGUUUGGCUCGAAGGUUUGAAGCAUUGA